UUUACCAGGAAAUAGCCAUAUGAGCCGCCGGCGUGUGGUUUCAGUGUUGUAUUUUCCAGUCAUGCCUUCUGAUUGAAGCACAGCUGCAUGUGUGACACAAAGAGGAAGUAGCAGAGACUUGAGCCACAUUCAGGGGAAUUUGUACGCCCAAUAGGUGUUUGUCCUCAAGUUUGCAUAGCAUUCGGGAGUCAAAGCGAGCCGUCUGGCUGGCUGUGGGUGUCACAUGACGAACCAGAAACAUGAAACUCAAAUAUGUGCUCAGACAAGUUUUUAGGUCUGGUAAUAAAUGAGCGUUCUUCUUCUCGCAACGUAGAAACCAGGCAGAGAUAAACCCGUGGGAUUCUAUCUCAGGUUAGCUGCUGGGUCUGCUGAUCACUCCUUGCGGUCCUAGGAAACUAUCUGUUCUCAUUAAAUGACCACUAGUUUACCUGGCACUGUCAAUACGGAACAUGGACAAAUUCAAUAAGAUCACUGAACCAGCUGGUCAGAAGCUAAGGCAACUUCAAAAAAUUGUACACGAUAUCAAGAAAAAUGAAAGUGGAAUAAUGAGCAAGUUCAAAAAGUUCCAAAAUGAACACGUGGCCUUAAUUUGCAAAACUGGGAAAAAUACUUGGGAUCGGCUAAAAAAUAAACCCCCUCCAAGUGUACCGCAAAGGGAUUAUGCUUCAGAACAUGCAGAGGAUGAAGAUGAACAAUGGUCAGAUGAUUUUGACAGCGAUUAUGAAAAUCCAGAUGCCCACUCUGAUUCAGAGAUGUAUGUGGUCCCCAGUGAAGAGAACUGUGAUGACAGUUAUGAGCCCCCUCCGACUGAGCAUGAGAAAAAGAAGAUUCCCUCCUCGUUCACAUUUUCAAGAGGAGACUAUGCAGACAAUCGCACUACCCACCCAGAGCCACUCCCAAGCAGGCCAAGUCAGUCUUUGGUUAAACCCCAGAAGCCAUCUAAACCAUCUUUGCCAUCGUCAUCUGCCACUCUGAAACCAAAAACGCCACUUAAGACCAAAGCGUUCAAUGCGGAUGAGGAUGAUUAUAUUGUGCCUGUGGAUGAUGACGAUAACUACAUUGAACCUACAGAAGGCAGUUCUUCUCAACGUACAAAACCUCCUGUAAACAGAUCUGUCAAGCCAACAAAGCCAGUUCUUCCUAGCUCUGCCAGGACUGCUCCUGUACCUGUGUCUGCUUCUGUGCUAGACGUCUAUGAAGUUCCAGAGGAAGAGGAAAAACCAUCACCACCAACAAGCAGGAUCACUAAACUACUUCCUCCCAAACCUGCUCAGAAUACAGGAAGACAGUCUCACAUACAGAGCACAGCCAAAGAAUCUCCUAAACCAGACACUUCCAGAAAUAUUUUGCCUCUUCCCAGAAACCAUCCUCAGCAAAAAACAUUUCAGGAGACCAAUAGGAACGAAGCACAUGAUAAUGAUGAAAAUCACAGCAGCAGUGGAGCUCAGGAAUCCAAAUUUCCCUCUUCUGGUACUACUCCAUCACCAUUACCCAGGGCAUUAAAAAAGACACCUCAUCCAGUAAAACCACCAAAACCAAGUGUACCACACAAAGACAAUUUAAGUAUUACUGAAGAGAAACCCACAGCAGCUGAACGGCGACGAGGUUCCAGCCAAGAGCUCCCCCUUCCACCCCUACCAGCUGCAGUGCAAAUGCCAUCACUUCAAAAGCCACCACCCUUACCCAAACCACUAGACGUUGCAAACCGUACAAUGGGCACUUUUCCACGCAGCAGCAUUUCAUCUAGUUUGGAUACUACAGACCAGGAUGCUGGUGUUCAUGAUAAAUCAUGGUAUGCAGCUUGUUGUGAUCGAAAAACUGCAGAAGAUGCAUUAUACAAAUCAAAUAAGGAUGGAUCUUUUCUGAUAAGGAAGAGUUCUGGUCAGGAUUCAAAGCAACCAUACACGCUAGUUGUGUUUUACAACAAAAAAGUUUAUAAUAUCCCUGUACGAUUCAUUGAAUCAACUAAACGAUUUGCACUGGGCAGAGAAAAAACUGGCGAGGAGCGCUUUGCAAGUGUUGCUGAAAUAAUAGAGAAUCAUCAGUAUACACCCCUUGUUUUAAUCGACAGUCAAAACAACACCAAAGAUUCCACCAAACUGAAACAUAUUGUUAGAAUUUCCUAAUUAGACUGAACUGGAAUAAGUUAAGAUCUAGAUUUUUGUGUGUAUUUUUUUCAUAACUUUCCAAAGUUUCUGGAUCGAGCAUUCUAAAGGGGAAAAAAUUAAACCCAAACACACUAAGGAUAGUCUCACUAGAAGAUUAUUUGAAAACUUCCACUUAGCAAUGAGAAAUGCAUAUCUGAAGAACAUCAAGUCUACAAUAUCAGAAAAUCGGAAGAAGUUAUUUUUAAAUGCCAUCACCCAAAUCAGGUAGAAGCUGUUCGUUUGUGGCUCCACCAGUCAUAAUGUGGUAAUUCCAAACUGAUGUCAAUAAAAGCUAUGAACCACAGCCCUUUCAUCUAUUGUUCUCUAUUCUAAAGAUGCAUUUUCUGUAGAAUGUUUUCAAGUCAUCUACUACAUCUAAUACAGAUUGCUGUUUUAAAUAAAGUAAUUCCUUUGCAAGAUCCAGAGCUCUUGAAAGUAGAAUGACUAUGAGAUGGACCACUGUGUGCAGCCAACCAAGGAUAUUAUUUUGCACCAUUUCUGGGUUUUUGAGACAUGAAUGGAUUAGCACUGCCUAGAGCUCUACUCGGUCUGAUUCGUGAGGUUUUUUGGUUGUAUUUUUCACGUGCAAAUAAAAUGUAAAAAUAUUGGGAAAUGUAUAAUGUGCAGUAAUAUUACUGGUUGACAUUCACUGUU